CUUUGUUUUUAUUACUAGUUGAUGUUUACUGUGGAAUAUUUGAAUUCUAGUUUGUCUGUUUCCCCCACUCUCUCUAGAAGCUGUACUCACGUCUGUCUUGGAACUCUGUAAUGGCAGAGAAGGUGGGAAUAUUUCAUCUGUGUAGAAGGCUUUUGCUCUUCUCAUCAAGAGGCAAAAAAAAACGUGUAUUUAAAAAAAAAAAAAAAAAGGUUAUAAUGCUAUUCUUCGAUGAAAGUUGUGCUGCAUUGCUUAUUCGUCUUCUAGUUUGAUGGGUUCCUUAAAUGUUGGCUUUCAUUUUCCACGAAUGCUAAUACUGAAUGCAUUUAGCGAGGAAUCGGGAGAUUCUGUACCCUUUUGAAUUGUUUCGUUUCUUGUUUAUUUGUGAAGUGAACGCGUUGUUUUGAGCAAUGAAUGUGGCAAUCUGACCUUGUUUUUGAACCAGUUUGGUUCUUUUUCUCUGUACUAGUGGUUCCGUGUUUCUGGAAGUAUAAAGCUGUGUGCGCAACACUUCAUUUUGAUCGGAGGAUUUGAUUUGUUUUGGAGUGAUGGAUGGGCGGCGGCAUUCUGUGGAUCUUCCUAUCUCAAGGACUCUAGUAGCACUGAGGAGAGUUAGGUCACUGAGGGAUCCGUCCACUAAUUCUAUGAGCAAAUUCUCUGCUUUGGUUGACACUGGGAACUGGGAAAUUGAUUCGAGUGAAGGGAUUUCUCUGCAAUUCAAGAAUGAUCGACAAGAAGUUGGCUCUGAUGGUGAUGCUUUGAGAUCAAAGAAUUUAGGUUUCUAUGGACUAAGAGAGGAUUGUGUUGAUGAUUUUGAGCUAAAUUGCGGUUUGGGAAAAAGCAAGUUGAACUCAGGUAAGAACACGGGUUGGGUAGGAAAGACAGGCCCUCCUAGCAAGACCAAACAGGUUGAUGGAUUAGACUAUUGUGCAUCGAAUUACAAACCACUGAGUGAAAGGUAUUUUGACGAUCAUGAGGAUUCUGGAUUGGAUCUGACAUGCAUCACACCCUCCAGCAAUCGUUUUGAGGACCUCGAUACCUAUAAGGAGCCAAGUGUGGAAUCAUCACGAGCAGAACAAGCAGAUCACAUCAUAUCAACACAAAAGUUGCCAUAUAAAAAUCAGGUGAAAUCAUUUGGGGUUGUGGGUGAUGGAGUGAGUUGUGAAGCUAGUCCAUGUGCAUCUGUAAGUGAUGCUAUUUCAGGCCAUAGUGCACCACUAUUGGAAAAUGAAGAGGAUGAUGAUGUAGUUGACAGUCAUCAUGGCUGUGGUAUAAGCUGCUGCUGGUUAAGGACUCCUAAAUUUAGAGAGUCGUAUCUUUCUUAUGAUGCAGAAGAACAUCCCUUAGUGUCUGGGGAUGUGGAUAGCCCCGCAUUUUAUAAAAAGAGGAUCUUGAAACAUAUUAAUAAUGAAAUCACUCCAUAUUCAGAAACUCCUAGGUGUUUGAGUGAGAAAUUCAGGCCAAAAUCUUUCAGUGAAUUGGUUGGACAAAAUGUAGUUGCAAGGUCUCUGUUGGGUGCCAUCUCUAAAGGCAAGAUAACAUCAUUUUAUCUCUUCCACGGUCCCCGUGGCACAGGCAAGACCUCUGCUUCAAGGAUAUUUGCGGCAGCACUGAAUUGCCUAUCGAUUGAGGAGGAUAGGCCAUGCGGUCUGUGUCGAGAAUGUGUUCUGUUCUUUUCUGGAAGGAGCAUGGAUGUUAAGGAAGUGGAUUCUGUGAGAAUUAAUCGGAUAACUAGGGUUAGAUCCCUUUUUAAGAGUGCAGCCAUCCCUCCGGUUUCCUCGCGGUUCAAGGUUUUCAUUAUUGAUGAAUGCCAGUUGUUAAGGGGGGAAACAUGGGCAGCUGUUCUGAAUAGCCUAGAUAGCCUUUCUCAACAUGUCAUUUUUGUAAUGAUCACUCCUGACCUGGACAGUGUGCCUCGAAGUGCAGUGUCACGGUCACAAAGAUAUCACUUUCCAAGGAUAAAAGAUCUUGAUAUUGCAAACAGGUUGGAGAAAAUUUGCACCCAAGAGGGUCUCGACUUUGAUCAGGCUGCUUUGAACUUUAUUGCCUCUAAAUCCAAUGGUUCACUUAGGGAUGCAGAGAUGAUUCUUGAUCAGCUAAGUUUGCUUGGUAAAAAGAUCACUAUGGCCUUGGCCUAUGAGCUUAUCGGGAUUGUUUCUGAUGAUGACUUGCUUGAUUUGCUGGAUUUGGCUUUAUCAUCUGACACUUCAAAUAUGGUAGUAAGGGCCAGGGAACUCAUGAGAUCAAGGAUUGAUCCUAUGCAACUUAUAACACAGCUGGCGAAUCUCAUUAUGGACAUUCUUGCGGGUAAAUGUCAGGAAGGUAACUCUGAAGUCAGAAGAAAGUUCUCCACUAAUCAUACCUCUGAAGUGGACAUGCAGAAACUAAGUCAUGGAUUGAAAAUACUUUCAGAAACGGAGAAGCAAUUUAGGGUGUCUAAGAAUCAAACAACAUGGCUCACUGUAGCUCUUCUACGUUUAAGCUCUAUGGAGUCUUCUUCCCUGGGUUCAAAUGACUCAAACUUGUGUUUGAAACGUGCACAAGACCAAAAUGGUGAUUUUUGCACUUUGUCUGCCACUGGGGACCGGUCAAAACAUCUUGUAACUUGUUCUUUUGACGACUAUAAACCACAUAAAUUGGGAAUACAGGAGGAUUGUAAAGGAGAGUUAGAGUCCAUAUGGAAGAGAACUACAGACUUGUGCCAGUCCAAGUCACUCAAGAACUUCCUAAAGAAACAAGGGAACCUGUCAUCUCUUUGCGUUAAUCAAGGUCUUGCAGUAGCUGAAUUGGAAUUCCAACAUCCUGACCAUGCAUCUAAGGCUGAAAAGUCAUGGAAACAGAUUGCUAGUUCACUCCAGUCUAUUCUUGGUUGUAAUGUAGAGAUCAGGAUCAACCUUGCACAUUGUGUUUCUGAUCCAAAGUGCCCGAAAGUGAGCAAGCCAUCUUUCUUUUUGUUUUGUUGUUCUCGUAGAAUGCAGUGGAAGCCACACUCAUCCAUUGACCAUGGAAGUGAUUCAGACCUUUCUGAAUACACGUCCAAGAAGGCUAUUAUAAAAGAUAGACCAAAUUUAACUUCUACCUCAAGUGGGGCUUGCCAAAUGCCACAUUACUCCGAUCACAGAGCUGAGGUUGUAAGGACACUGAGAAAUAGUGAAGGAAAUGUGUUGAGCAUAGGAAUGGCCUCAUCACUCAGAUCAUCCGAGAAUGAUAUGCCAAAGAUGCAUAUGUUAGGAGUUGAACCUUUGACAGCAGAGGGUGGAGGUCAGGAUUUGUCUGUUCACAAACCAGAGGAUGGGCCAAGCUGUUUCUCGAGAAUACUAAGGCUUCAAAAGAAUUUGCAUUCCGCAAACUCUUCUCGGAUGAUCCCUCCGGGUAUAGAAAAAGGAAACAAUGCAUUGUCUUUCCGUGGGACAUUGUCUUUUGAAACUUGUUUCUCUUCUUGUGAUCCUGAUGUUUGCUCUAACAACUAUACUAGCAACUCUAGAGAUGACAACGGGUUUGCAGCCAAGGCAUCCAUCCCCACAGAAGGUGAUGAAAAGUUUUCUGGAUCGGGAAACCUCACGCCUGCUUAUAUCUUGAAUUUAAAGCUAGCUUUGGGAGGUGGUGAAGACAUUAAUCAUGUUCUAUACAAGGGUAAGGUUGCGGCUAGACUUUGGCAAACGUGCUCCAGUUUCUUGGGGGUUCCCUAUGUGGCUAAUAGAUCCUGGUUGGCAACUGUUGAAGCUUGGUUCAGAAGAACAAGAAAGUCUUCAAAGGUUGGUAGUUUGAUUGGGUUGGCUCCAUGUAUUCUAAUAUGGAAUCUAUGGAUGUGGAGGUGUUCGGCACGCAUGGAGGGAAACAAGGAGGGCUUUAAUGGUUUGUGGAGGAAGGUCAAAUACUGGCUCCACUGGGUUGGUCUGAGGCUCAGGGAAGCAGGAAACCUGCAUCGUCGAGACCAAGUAAUUUUAGAAGACUUAAACUUGCCGGCUUUAGCUCUUUCAAAAAGAAUUAUUACAGUUUCUUGGGAAAAGCCGGAGUUUGGUUGGUUCAAAUUAAAUACGGAUGGUAGUAGCUUGAGAAACCCAGGGGAGUCGGGUGCUGGGGGACUAAUUAGAGACCAUGAUGGAAAUCUGGUUGUUGCCUUCUCUGAAUAUAUUGGAGUGGGUUCAAACAACAAAGCGGAGUUGCUGGGGGUCCUUUUUGGUCUAUGUAGUUGCAAGGCAAGGGAUUUGGUGAAUAUUGUUGUUGACUUAGAUUCAUCGUUAAUUGUGAAUUGGUGGAAGAAAGGUAGAUGUCAGGUUUGGUACCUGGAGGAUUUUUGGGAGGAAAUAAUAGUGCUCACCCGAGGUCUUAAUAUACGGUUUAAACAUGUUUUUAGAGAAGGAAACAAAGCUGCGGAUUGGCUUGCAAACGAUGGUAGCGCGGGAAGGACACAAGAGUAUACAUCGAAUCACAUCCCAAGGGAACUCAAAGGGAUAUUAUGCUUGGAUAAGUGUGGAUUACCUUACAUCAGAAGGAGGUAG